AUGAGAUGGAAAGAGUUUUAUACAAACCCUGAAGUGGGAUAUAAACAACUCUAUGCAGAUGACGCGAACACAGGAGUUGACCCAGAAUAUGUUUUCUACCAGAGGAGAAACAGAAUGUAUGAGCUCCAGUUAAAAAAUGCUAUGGAACUCAGAAGGAAACGUAAGAGACUAGGCGGACAUUAG